GUUCACUCAGUGCUGACAUACAUCAAAAACAGUCUGCCUAAGAAGUCCUGUGAAUUAUGCAGAAAGGGUUCAGUAAGAGCUUGUCAGUCCUAAGGCUGGUGUGGAAGUCCCUGGACAAAAUGAGGUGUUUCCGAAAACGUUCUACCAUACCACUACUCGGUGUCCUGAUCACCUGCCUUCUCUUUGUGAACCUGUAUAUCGAGGAUGGAUAUGUACUGGAAGGAGACAAGAGACAACUGAGAGAGACCACCAUACAUCAACUGAACUCAGAACGAUAUGUGCACACAUUUAAAGAUCUCUCAAAUUUUUCCGGAACUAUAAAUGUUACAUAUCGUUACCUAGCAGGGUCACCUCUGCCACGGAAAAAGUAUUUGACCAUUGGUUUAUCAUCUGUAAAGAGAAAAAGAGGAAAUUAUUUAAUGGAAACGAUCAAGUCAAUUUUUGACCAGUCCAGCUAUGAGGAGCUAAAGGAGAUUGUUGUUGUGGUCCACCUGGCAGACUUUGACCUGGCCUGGUGUGAAAGCCUGGUGCAGGACAUCUCCAGGAAGUUUGGCCACCACAUCAUUGCCGGACGCUUGCUAGUCAUACAUGCCCCAGAGGAGUACUAUCCAUCUCUGGAUGGACUAAAGAGGAACUACAAUGACCCCGAGGACCGGGUCAGGUUUCGCUCCAAACAGAAUGUGGACUAUGCUUUCCUCCUCAACUUCUGUACCAAUCUCUCCGAUUUCUACAUGAUGCUGGAGGAUGAUGUCCGCUGUGCCAAGAACUUCCUGACGGCCAUGAAGAAGGUGGUCAACUCCAGGGAAGGGUCUUACUGGGUGAUGCUGGAGUUUUCCAAGCUGGGCUACAUUGGGAAACUGUAUCACUCCAAGGACCUGCCUCGUCUGGCCCACUUCCUCCUCAUGUUCUACCAGGAAAUGCCCUGUGAUUGGCUGCUCAUCCAUUUCAGGGGUCUGCUGGCCCAGAAGGAUGUGAUUCGGUUCAAACCCUCCCUCUUUCAGCACAUGGGUUAUUACUCCUCCUACAAGGGAGCCGAAAACAAACUGAAAGAUGACGACUUUGAGGAAGACUCCUUUGACAUCCCCGACAACCCCCCAGCCAGCCUACACACCAACAUCAACGUGUUUGAGAACUACGAUGCCACCAAAGCCUACAGCAGUGUGGAUGAGUACUUCUGGGGAAAGGCCCCCUCAACAGGAGACUUCUUCGUGAUUGUCUUUAGCAAAUCGACCAAGAUUAGCAAAAUUAAGAUCAUCACCGGAACUGAUGAUCGGCAAAAUGACAUUUUGCAUCAUGGAGCCUUAGAGGUUGGGGAAAAGUUAGUGGGGACCAAGAAGGGAAAGCAGUGUUCAUCAUAUAUUACUCUGGGGGAAUUUAAGAAUGGGAACAUUGAAGUCCAGGAGGUGGACCAUAAGAUUGCAUUUGACAUUGAAUGUGUUCGAAUUGUGGUCACAUCCAGUCAGAAAGAGUGGUUGAUUAUCAGGAGUAUAAGUUUAUGGACUACACAGCCACAAAGUCAAUAGGUUCACUGGUGGACUGGAAACCUCCAUAACCACAAUGCCAACAAACUGUUUUAUUUAUUUGUCUAUUUAUUUAUUUUAUUUAUUUUUGUGUGCCUUGAAAAUAGUUAUUUCUUUUGACUUGUGUUUACUAUGCUUUACGUGUUGGAAUGUUUUCACAGAAAAUUAAACGUGAAUGGUGACCUCAAAGCUAACUGAACAAUUACAUCAGAAACAACUAUUCUUAGGCUUGUUAUUAAUUAAUUUAUUCAUUUUAUUGGAUAGUCAUAUGUAGUCCAUCCUCUAUAUUUAUGUCACUAAUUUUGAACGUGCAAUUUUAUCUCAGCUUUAUACAUAUACACUGUUAUUUCAUACUUGACCACCUGCCAGGUGCUUAUUGGUGUGACUUAGACUUUAUAUACUUUUGCUUUGGAAAAUCAUCCCUCAAGCAUGUACCUUAAGGCAAAUCCAGACCUCAAAUGUGUUUUUGAACGGUUUUGUAUAAACUGUAAAAAUAGUGCAUGUUGAUCACCAGUCAAGUGUAGAGACUGAAGCAAAUGGCAGUUACUGCCAGUUUUGAGCAAGCUGUCUUUCUGGACUGUGUCAUAUAUGGGAUGCUCUUUUCAAUAGCCUGCAUUGGAUGGUGAGUUGAAAAUCUUACACAAUUCAAUAAAACAGUUGUGUGCAUUGAAAUUGGUUAGCAUCACAAUAGUCUGUAUAACUUCCCCUGAAUUCAAUUAAUUUAUGUGAUGUGGUAAUACUAGGCAUGAUGCACAAAAUUUGGUGGGGUGGUUCUUGUGUUGUCCUGCAAAAUUAAAACUUGUCUUGAAGCAAGAGGUUACUCAAUAGGAACAAUGUCACAACAGUACAGUGUAUUGUGUUUAAACCAUGUUUCGAGUUGGUGUCCUAGAUUUUCAUCAUGGCACUGUUUUGCCAAAAAAAAGUUGGAAAGUGUUCUGUUUUAUUAUUGUCACACCAGCAACAACCAC